CUUGUGCUGUGUGCCGAAAACUCGCUCCCACUGCAUCAGGCUGACCAGCAGAAAAAAAUAAGACAGAGAGCGUUUCAGGCGUGUGGCUUUCGCUGCUGUGCUCCUACCUUUUCCUUGCACCGAUGCUUCAAUGCAUCGCCGUGAAUGUAGGCUGAUAAAUCUUUUAAUCUUCCAGAUAGGGGCCGUAGCCUAAUGUCUGGGCGUUAGUUCCACUGUUGUCCAUCUUGUUGGACGUUGUUGUGGCCCACAGUUUUCGAGUGUACGAAUGGACAUGAAAACUAUAACUCGACAGAUGUUCCGGACCUGCAACAAACUCUUCUUUAGGAAAACCCCUAAUGAGGAGAGAGAUGUUGUUGAGGCCCAUCCAUCAAACCUUGAAACAGCAGCUCAGAUGGAAAACAUCCAGCGUUUGCCCAGUAUUGUGCGCCCUCCCAGCAUGGACGGAGUGAGGGAGAGGAACCACCAUGGUGGCGGCUGGCUCCUUUCUGGCAUCAUCUGUGUCAACAUCCUGAUCCUGGGUUGUGCUCUAGUCAGUGGCAGCGCCUUUAACAGCGUGGCCAUUACUGCUGUACACAGACAAAUCUUCCUCAUCAUUCUCCUUCUCCUGACCAUCAUCUGGAUGCUGUUUUACAACAUCUUCACCUUCCAAGAGGAUCAAGACUGUCUGUACAAAGAUGCCCAUGCUGGACCCGUGUGGCUCAGAGUUGGACUUGUGCUGUUUGGCCUCCUUAGUCUGCUCAUGGAUAUUUUCAAGAUUGCCAACUAUGUGGGCUACCUCCACUGUGAUUCUGCCGUGAAAGUUGCCUUCCCUGUUGUGCAAGCUGUAUUUUUGUUUGUCCAGACCUACUUCCUAUGGACUCAUGCAAAAGACUGUGUGCAGCUACACAAGAAUUUUACUCGGUGUGGGCUCACUCUUACUCUUUCCACUAAUUUGGUGGUGUGGAUGGCAGCAGUCGCUGAGGAAUCAGUUCACCAAACUGAAAUCCCUGAGAAUGUAAAUUUCACACGCAGCUUGUAUAGAGCUAGCUUUGGAGAUGACAAGUGCAAAUGCAGUCACUCAGCAUGUGACACCUUCAAAGAGGCUUUCUUCUACCUGUACCCCUUCAACAUUGAAUACAGUCUCUUUGCCUCUGCUAUGGCUUAUGUCAUGUGGAAAAAUGUUGGUCGAGUAGUGGAGGACCACGGCCACCACAAUAUCAAGUUCCGUCCCAAGGAUGUGUGUUUGGGACCUGUGGCAGGAAUACUCUUGGUGGUGGCAGGUCUGGCAACCUUCAUAGUGUAUGAGAUUGAUGUACUCCAAGAGGACCAGAAGAAGAUAAACAAGGCCCUGCUCAUUCACUUUGUCAUGAAUGUAGUGAUAGUGAGCAUGAUGUCUGUCUCCACUGUGGUCGGCUGUGUCGUCUACAGGCUUGACCAGAGGGAACAUGUUUCUGAGAAGAACCCCACACGCAGCCUGGACGUGGGUCUGCUGGUGGGAGCCUCAGUGGGACAGUUCAUCAUCAGUUACUUCUCCAUUGUGGCCACAGUGGCAACUGGAGCCAGGGGAUAUCUAAAUGGCCUCAACCUGGCCUGGGGUGUCCUGACUGUGAUCCAGCUUGGCCUGCAGAAUUACUUCAUCAUUGAAGGCCUGCAUCGGGAGCCGUUUCAUGUGAUGCAGGAAGCAGCACUGCACACUAAUGCUCACACUUUCCAAAGUCAUAUAGAGUUGAUAUCAAUGGGGAGCAAUAAACCUGGGAACUUCAUGGCCUCAACUCAUGGACUCAGUUGGAAGAGAAGGCUGCUGAAGGAAGUUUGUGCAUUUUUGCUGCUGGCUAACAUCAUUCUCUGGAUAAUGCCAGCAUUUGGUGCUCGUCCCCAGUUUGACCACUCCAUCGAGACACAGUUCUACAAUUUCACCAUGUGGGCUGCUAUUGUGAAUAUUGGCCUGCCCUUUGGAAUAUUUUACCGCAUGCAUUCAGUUGCCAGUCUGUUUGAGGUUUACUUGAUCUCUUAAAUUUGUGUCACUUUAAAGACCCCAUGAAAUGACACUUUACUUCCUUGAUUUUGCCGCAUUUCCUGUUGAAACAGGAUGUUGGGGCAGGACAUAACACAUGGAGGGAUCAAUCCACAGUGUAAACCAGUGAGGAAAUUGCUUUUUUUGGGAGAUGUGCAGUUUUAUUUGAUAGGGCAGGUGGAGGGCUGGGACUCCACAGAAAUUAUGUGAAGGUUUUUAUUGGCUGUAAUCUAGGUUCAUGUCUUGUGGUGCAGCGUGAGUUCAGUUGUUUUCCAGGCAGUAAAAAUCAUUGGAGUUCGUUCCAUGGGGACUUUAAGCACCGAGAAUAAUUGUAUUGUUUGUUUUUUAAUAAGUUUUUAUGUCAAUAGAUUUAACUGGAAUAAAUUUGUUUAACAUCACA